AGUGACAAUGACCUUCAAGUUCACGCACUCCGGACCCCUUCAGGAUGAAUGGCCAUGGCCUGUUCCCGUCUGUCCCUUCUGCUUCUGGUGCUGGCUUCCCUGACUGUGGCUCAGGCCCAGAUCAUGCUGUCUAACCUGCGUGCCAGCAAUCUGCCCUCUGACAUUUUGGGGACCACAGACGGCUACGUGAAGGUGUUUUGCGGCUCUGCCUCUUUGGGUAAAACAGCAGUCCGUAAUAACAACAUUAAUCCCUGGUGGGGGGAAGAGUUCUCCUACUUCAAGGCCCAGGAAAAUGACGUGUUGAGGCUGGAGGUUUACGACAGAGAUAUUCUCUUUGACGACCUGCUGGGAGUGUGCCAGAGACAGCUCCGACCUGGAACACAUGAGCAUGACUGCUUCCUGAAGAAAGGUGGAACCCUCCAUUAUGUCUAUACCCUCGGUAGCGGCCGUCAAUAAGCAUACUAAUGUUUCCGUUUUACAAAGUCCAAGCCAUUCCUGAGUGCUUUGGAAAAAAACAUUUGAUAUGAUUCAGUUCUCAUGUUGUCACAAGGAAAUAAAAUCAGUCCAACCAGAAGAAAAA